UUUUUUUUUUUUUUGGCAUUAGAAGACAAUCUUUUAUCUACUUGAAUACUCAUUUCAAUUCAAAGAGUAUGAAUUCGCUCAAAUUUUGCAAAACCUAUGAAUCGCUAUUUCUUUUCAACUCUUCUAAAGUGCAGAAAAGCCUAGCAAAACAAUCUAUUUUUGCUCCAAAAAGGGUAGUCCAUAGAAGAAAACUUUCAGUAAGAGGGUGCAGUGGCCAAGAACCAGAGAAAAAUAAGACAGCUGAAAGGCGAAGUUUCUUGAGUCUUGAAGAAGCUGGUCUCAUAGAAAUAUCUGGAUUAAGCACUCACGAGCGUUUUCUUUGCAGAUUAACGAUAUCAUCGUUGAACCUUCUAAGAGUAAUAUCGGAACAAGAAGGGUGUGAAAUUGAGGAGCUGAACGCGGGGAGAGUGUGUGAUUGGUUUGUAAAGGAUAAACAGAAGAGAGAACAGAACAUGGAAUCUGCAGUGCUUCAGUGGGACGAUUCUGAAUUCCAAUUUUAGACUUUAUCCUCUUUAUUGUUAAUUAGCAUUUUGUCAUAUUAAACAUGCCGUUUUUAAUAAUUGUAUGUUUUUCGUUAGCUUGUCGUCCCAGGUAAUACGAAGGUCAGUUUAAACAAAGAAACGACUUCUGUUUGUAAACGGCUAAUGCGGAGUAAUCACACGCUUAUAUUUAGUUUGCA